AGAGAGUCUUAGAGAGAAGGAUAUAACAUCAAGCAGUUAUUAGGAUAAGUUUUCACAGCAGACAGGUUGUGCUAUCAGGGAGUACGUGCCUCUCUACCUCUCACUCUUUGAAUUUUGGUUUAUACAGACCAAGUCUCCGUCUUCCGUUCUUCUGUCGUUUUCUUCUUCGUUUAGAGAUUUGAUUUCCUUGACCAUUGCAUUGGUUCAAAAUCUAUUUGCUGGAUAUUAAGUGGAAUCCACUUUAUCAACUUUUUUUGUUGUACCUUGGAUAACGGCCGAGCCGUUCUGCCUUCACCAAAUAUGGCAACGCCCCGUUUUUGGGGACUGCUGGUAGCCCUCAUAGCUUUGGUGCCUCAUCUUGUUACAGCUCAAGAAUUUUGUGUGCCGAACCAGUGUUCCAAUGGUGAGACAUGCUACAACAGACCAGGAUCUACAGUGUCAUCAUACGCUUGUUUAUGUACAAAUAUGCAAGUGGGUUACGAUUGCUCUCAGAAUGUCUUUACCAGGGUUUUAGAAUCUUGCUAUGGAACAGAGUGUCAAAGCGGUAGAUACUCUUCACCAAACUACCCAGCUCCAUAUAAUUUCCGGGAAGUAAGGGUCUACCUCUUGUUCAUUCCUGGAGCUACUGAAAUCACCUUCGUUUUCAGUGAUCCGUUUCAAGUAGAACAACGCAAGGAUGAACUUUAUAUUGGAGCAGGUCUAACGUAUGAUGAUAUACUGGAUUUGAACGGGACAGAUACGCCAUCGAAACAGAUAUAUUUUUACGAGAAUAGUAUUGUGCCACAACCUCUAACGCUGUUCAACACAGAUUCUGCAUUCAUCACAUGGAAAACUGACAAAAAUAUUGAGCUACUGGGCUUUGAAGUUACUUGGACGGCAGUAUUUGAUAGAGUGUUACCUAUUGCCACAUGCCCUGCGGAUACACAGCGGGAGGUUGGAUUAGGUCAAACGAGUAGUCAAGUCUUCUUUAUUGCACCUACUGCAACAGACAACAGUGGAGUAGUCCCGACAAUUGUUUCUCAAACUCAUGCACCAAAUGAUGUCUUUGGCCUUGGUAUCACCCAAGUUACCUACACCUUUGCUGAUGGCAGUGGGAAUCAAGCUUCUUGCAGCUUUAAUGUUAUUGUUGUACAAGUUGAUACUAUUCCACCAGUGGUGAACUGUCCUCAGGAUUUCACCCAGACUGUCGAGUUUGGUACAACAUCUGCAUCGGUUAAUUUUGUUACACCUACUGCAACGGACAACAGUGGUGUAGCCAUUCUUGAUUCCAGCAGCCACUUACCAGGGGCUUUCUUUGUAGUUGGUCAAACUCAAGUUACCUACAGAUUUAGAGAUGGAUCAAACAAUUUUGCUGCAACCUGUCAAUUCUUUGUCAAUCUUGUAGCAAUUGAUAGAACGCCACCUGUUGCCACAUGCCCUGCGGAUAUCCAGCGGGAGGUUGGAUUAGGUCAAACGAGUAUUCAAGUCUUCUUUACUGCACCUACUGCAAUAGACAACAGUGGACUAGCCCCGACAAUUACUUCUCAAACUCAUGCAACAACGGAUUUCUUUACCAUUGGUAACACCCAAGUUACCUGGACCUUUGCUGAUGCCAGUGGAAAUCAAGAUUCUUGCAGCUUCAAUGUCAAUAUUGUACAAGUUGAUAGAACGCCACCUGUUGCCACAUGCCCUGCGGAUAUCGUGCGGGAGGUUGGAUUAGGUCAAACGAGUACUCAAGUCUUCUUUACUGCACCUACUGCAAUAGACAACAGUGGACAAGUCCCGACAAUUACUUCUCAAAGUCAUUCAACAACAGAUUUCUUUAACAUUGGUAGCACCCAAGUUACCUGGACCUUUGCUGAUGCCAAUGGAAAUCAAGAUUCUUGCAGCUUCAAUGUCAUUAUUGUACAAGUUGAUAGAACGCCACCUGUUGCCACAUGCCCUGCGGAUAUCGUGCGGGAGGUUGGAUUAGGUCAAACGAGUACUCAAGUCUUCUUUACUGCACCUACUGCAAUAGACAACAGUGGACAAGUCCCGACAGUUACUUCUCAAAGUCAUUCAACAACAGAUUUCUUUAACAUUGGUAGCACCCAAGUUACCUGGACCUUUGCUGAUGCCAAUGGAAAUCAAGAUUCUUGCAGCUUCAAUGUCAUUAUUGUACAAGUUGAUAGAACGCCACCUGUUGCCACAUGCCCUGCGGAUAUCGUGCGGGAGGUUGGAUUAGGUCAAACGAGUACUCAAGUCUUCUUUACUGCACCUACUGCAAUAGACAACAGUGGACAAGUCCCGACAGUUACUUCUCAAAGUCAUUCAACAACAGAUUUCUUUAACAUUGGUAGCACCCAAGUUACCUGGACCUUUGCUGAUGCCAAUGGAAAUCAAGAUUCUUGCAGCUUCAAUGUCAUUAUUGUACAAGUUGAUAGAACGCCACCUGUUGCCACAUGCCCUGCGGAUAUCGUGCGGGAGGUUGGAUUAGGUCAAACGAGUACUCAAGUCUUCUUUACUGCACCUACUGCAAUAGACAACAGUGGACAAGUCCCGACAGUUACUUCUCAAAGUCAUUCAACAACAGAUUUCUUUAACAUUGGUAGCACCCAAGUUACCUGGACCUUUGCUGAUGCCAAUGGAAAUCAAGAUUCUUGCAGCUUCAAUGUCAUUAUUGUACAAGUUGAUAGAACGCCACCUGUUGCCACAUGCCCUGCGGAUAUCGUGCGGGAGGUUGGAUUAGGUCAAACGAGUACUCAAGUCUUCUUUACUGCACCUACUGCAAUAGACAACAGUGGACAAGUCCCGACAGUUACUUCUCAAAGUCAUUCAACAACAGAUUUCUUUAACAUUGGUAGCACCCAAGUUACCUGGACCUUUGCUGAUGCCAAUGGAAAUCAAGAUUCUUGCAGCUUCAAUGUCAUUAUUGUACAAGUUGAUAGAACGCCACCUGUUGCCACAUGCCCUGCGGAUAUCGUGCGGGAGGUUGGAUUAGGUCAAACGAGUACUCAAGUCUUCUUUACUGCACCUACUGCAAUAGACAACAGUGGACAAGUCCCGACAGUUACUUCUCAAAGUCAUUCAACAACAGAUUUCUUUAACAUUGGUAGCACCCAAGUUACCUGGACCUUUGCUGAUGCCAAUGGAAAUCAAGAUUCUUGCAGCUUCAAUGUCAUUAUUGUACAAGUUGAUAGAACGCCACCUGUUGCCACAUGCCCUGCGGAUAUCCAGCGGGAGGUUGGAUUAAGUCAAACGAGUACUCAAGUCUUCUUUACUGCACCUACUGCAAUAGACAACAGUGGACAAGUCCCGACAAUUAUUUCUCAAAGUCAUUCAACAACAGAUUUCUUUAACAUUGGUAGCACCCAAGUUACCUGGACCUUUGCUGAUGCCAAUGGAAAUCAAGAUUCUUGCAGCUUCAAUGUCAUUAUUGUACAAGUUGAUAGAACGCCACCUGUUGCCACAUGCCCUGCGGAUAUCCAGCGGGAGGUUGGAUUAAGUCAAACGAGUACUCAAGUCUUCUUUACUGCACCUACUGCAAUAGACAACAGUGGACAAGUCCCGACAAUUAUUUCUCAAAGUCAUUCAACAACAGAUUUCUUUAACAUUGGUAGCACCCAAGUUACCUGGACCUUUGCUGAUGCCAAUGGAAAUCAAGAUUCUUGCAGCUUCAAUGUCAUUAUUGUACAAGUUGAUAGAACGCCACCUGUUGCCACAUGCCCUGCGGAUAUCCAGCGGGAGGUUGGAUUAAGUCAAACGAGUACUCAAGUCUUCUUUACUGCACCUACUGCAAUAGACAACAGUGGACAAGUCCCGACAAUUAUUUCUCAAAGUCAUUCAACAACAGAUUUCUUUAACAUUGGUAGCACCCAAGUUACCUGGACCUUUGCUGAUGCCAAUGGAAAUCAAGAUUCUUGCAGCUUCAAUGUCAUUAUUGUACAAGUUGAUAGAACGCCACCUGUUGCCACAUGCCCUGCGGAUAUCCAGCGGGAGGUUGGAUUAAGUCAAACGAGUACUCAAGUCUUCUUUACUGCACCUACUGCAAUAGACAACAGUGGACAAGUCCCGAGAAUUAUUUCUCAAAGUCAUUCAACAACAGAUUUCUUUAACAUUGGUAGCACCCAAGUUACCUGGACCUUUGCUGAUGCCAAUGGAAAUCAAGAUUCUUGCAGCUUCAAUGUCAUUAUUGUACAAGUUGAUAGAACGCCACCUGUUGCCACAUGCCCUGCGGAUAUCCAGCGGGAGGUUGGAUUAAGUCAAACGAGUACUCAAGUCUUCUUUACUGCACCUACUGCAAUAGACAACAGUGGACAAGUCCCGACAAUUAUUUCUCAAAGUCAUUCAACAACAGAUUUCUUUAACAUUGGUAGCACCCAAGUUACCUGGACCUUUGCUGAUGCCAAUGGAAAUCAAGAUUCUUGCAGCUUCAAUGUCAUUAUUGUACAAGUUGAUAGAACGCCACCUGUUGCCACAUGCCCUGCGGAUAUCCAGCGGGAGGUUGGAUUAAGUCAAACGAGUACUCAAGUCUUCUUUACUGCACCUACUGCAAUAGACAACAGUGGACAAGUCCCGACAAUUAUUUCUCAAAGUCAUUCAACAACAGAUUUCUUUAACAUUGGUAGCACCCAAGUUACCUGGACCUUUGCUGAUGCCAAUGGAAAUCAAGAUUCUUGCAGCUUCAAUGUCAUUAUUGUACAAGUUGAUAGAACGCCACCUGUUGCCACAUGCCCUGCGGAUAUCCAGCGGGAGGUUGGAUUAAGUCAAACGAGUACUCAAGUCUUCUUUACUGCACCUACUGCAAUAGACAACAGUGGACAAGUCCCGACAAUUAUUUCUCAAAGUCAUUCAACAACAGAUUUCUUUAACAUUGGUAACACCCAAGUUACCUGGACCUUUGCUGAUGCCAAUGGAAAUCAAGAUUCUUGCAGCUUCAAUGUCAUUAUUGUACAAGUUGAUAGAACGCCACCUGUUGCCACAUGCCCUGCGGAUAUCCAGCGGGAGGUUGGAUUAAGUCAAACGAGUACUCAAGUCUUCUUUACUGCACCUACUGCAAUAGACAACAGUGGACAAGUCCCGACAAUUAUUUCUCAAAGUCAUUCAACAACAGAUUUCUUUAACAUUGGUAACACCCAAGUUACCUGGACCUUUGCUGAUGCCAAUGGAAAUCAAGAUUCUUGCAGCUUCAAUGUCAUUAUUGUACAAGUUGAUAGAACGCCACCUGUUGCCACAUGCCCUGCGGAUAUCCAGCGGGAGGUUGGAUUAAGUCAAACGAGUACUCAAGUCUUCUUUACUGCACCUACUGCAAUAGACAACAGUGGACAAGUCCCGACAAUUAUUUCUCAAAGUCAUUCAACAACAGAUUUCUUUAACAUUGGUAACACCCAAGUUACCUGGACCUUUGCUGAUGCCAAUGGAAAUCAAGAUUCUUGCAGCUUCAAUGUCAUUAUUGUACAAGUUGAUAGAACGCCACCUGUUGCCACAUGCCCUGCGGAUAUCCAGCGGGAGGUUGGAUUAAGUCAAACGAGUACUCAAGUCUUCUUUACUGCACCUACUGCAAUAGACAACAGUGGACAAGUCCCGACAAUUAUUUCUCAAAGUCAUUCAACAACAGAUUUCUUUAACAUUGGUAACACCCAAGUUACCUGGACCUUUGCUGAUGCCAAUGGAAAUCAAGAUUCUUGCAGCUUCAAUGUCAUUAUUGUACAAGUUGAUAGAACGCCACCUGUUGCCACAUGCCCUGCGGAUAUCCAGCGGGAGGUUGGAUUAAGUCAAACGAGUACUCAAGUCUUCUUUACUGCACCUACUGCAAUAGACAACAGUGGACAAGUCCCGACAAUUAUUUCUCAAAGUCAUUCAACAACAGAUUUCUUUAACAUUGGUAACACCCAAGUUACCUGGACCUUUGCUGAUGCCAAUGGAAAUCAAGAUUCUUGCAGCUUCAAUGUCAUUAUUGUACAAGUUGAUAGAACGCCACCUGUUGCCACAUGCCCUGCGGAUAUCCAGCGGGAGGUUGGAUUAAGUCAAACGAGGACUCAAGUCUUCUUUACUGCACCUACUGCAAUAGACAACAGUGGACAAGUCCCGACAAUUAUUUCUCAAAGUCAUUCAACAACAGAUUUCUUUGACCUUGGUAACACCCAAGUUACCUGGACCUUUGCUGAUGCCAAUGGAAAUCAAGAUUCUUGCAGCUUCAAUGUCAUUAUUGUUCAAGUUGAUAGAACGCCACCUGUUGCCACAUGCCCUGCGGAUAUCCAGCGGGAGGUUGGAUUAAGUCAAACGAGUACUCAAGUCUUCUUUACUGCACCUACUGCAAUAGACAACAGUGGACAAGUCCCGACAAUUAUUUCUCAAAGUCAUUCAACAACAGAUUUCUUUAACAUUGGUAACACCCAAGUUACCUGGACCUUUGCUGAUGCCAAUGGAAAUCAAGAUUCUUGCAGCUUCAAUGUCAUUAUUGUACAAGUUGAUAGAACGCCACCUGUUGCCACAUGCCCUGCGGAUAUCCAGCGGGAGGUUGGAUUAAGUCAAACGAGGACUCAAGUCUUCUUUACUGCACCUACUGCAAUAGACAACAGUGGACAAGUCCCGACAAUUAUUUCUCAAAGUCAUUCAACAACAGAUUUCUUUGACCUUGGUAACACCCAAGUUACCUGGACCUUUGCUGAUGCCAAUGGAAAUCAAGAUUCUUGCAGCUUCAAUGUCAUUAUUGUUCAAGUUGAUAGAACGCCACCUGUUGCCACAUGCCCUGCGGAUAUCCAGCGGGAGGUUGGAUUAAGUCAAACGAGGACUCAAGUCUUCUUUACUGCACCUACUGCAAUAGACAACAGUGGACAAGUCCCGACAAUUAUUUCUCAAAGUCAUUCAACAACAGAUUUCUUUGACCUUGGUAACACCCAAGUUACCUGGACCUUUGCUGAUGCCAAUGGAAAUCAAGAUUCUUGCAGCUUCAAUGUCAUUAUUGUACAAGUUGAUAGAACGCCACCUGUUGCCACGUGCCCUACGGAUAUCCAGCGGGAGGUUGGAUUAGGUCAAACGAGUGUUCAAGUCUUCUUUACUGCACCUACUGCAAUAGACAACAGUGGACAAGUCCCGACAAUUACUUCUCAAAGUCAUGCAACAACGGAUUUCUUUACCAUUGGUAACACCCAAGUUACCUGGACCUUUGCUGAUGCCAAUGGAAAUCAAGAUUCUUGCAGCUUCAAUGUCAAUAUUGUACAAGUUGAUAGAACGCCACCUGUUGCCACGUGCCCUGCGGAUAUCCAGCGGGAGGUUGGAUUAGGUCAAACGAGUGUUCAAGUCUUCUUUACUGCACCUACUGCAAUAGACAACAGUGGACAAGUCCCGACAAUUACUUCUCAAACUCAUGCAACAACGGAUUUCUUUACCAUUGGUAACACCCAAGUUACCUGGACCUUUGCUGAUGCCAGUGGAAAUCAAGAUUCUUGCAGCUUCAAUGUCAAUAUUGUACAAGUUGAUAGAACGCCACCUGUUGCCACAUGCCCUGCGGAUAUCCAGCGGGAGGUUGGAUUAAGUCAAACGAGGACUCAAGUCUUCUUUACUGCACCUACUGCAAUAGACAACAGUGGACAAGUCCCGACAAUUAUUUCUCAAAGUCAUUCAACAACAGAUUUCUUUGACCUUGGUAACACCCAAGUUACCUGGACCUUUGCUGAUGCCAAUGGAAAUCAAGAUUCUUGCAGCUUCAAUGUCAUUAUUGUACAAGUUGAUAGAACGCCACCUGUUGCCACGUGCCCUGCGGAUAUCCAGCGGGAGGUUGGAUUAGGUCAAACGAGUGUUCAAGUCUUCUUUACUGCACCUACUGCAAUAGACAACAGUGGACAAGUCCCGACAAUUACUUCUCAAACUCAUGCAACAACAGAUUUCUUUACCAUUGGUAACACCCAAGUUACCUGGACCUUUGCUGAUGCCAGUGGAAAUCAAGAUUCUUGCAGCUUCAAUGUCAAUAUUGUACAAGUUGAUAGAACGCCACCUGUUGCCACGUGCCCUGCGGAUAUCCAGCGGGAGGUUGGAUUAGGUCAAACGAGUGUUCAAGUCUUCUUUACUGCACCUACUGCAAUAGACAACAGUGGACAAGUCCCGACAAUUACUUCUCAAACUCAUGCAACAACAGAUUUCUUUACCAUUGGUAACACCCAAGUUACCUGGACCUUUGCUGAUGCCAGUGGAAAUCAAGAUUCUUGCAGCUUCAAUGUCAAUAUUGUACAAGUUGAUAGAACGCCACCUGUUGCCACGUGCCCUGCGGAUAUCCAGCGGGAGGUUGGAUUAGGUCAAACGAGUGUUCAAGUCUUCUUUACUGCACCUACUGCAAUAGACAACAGUGGACAAGUCCCGACAAUUACUUCUCAAACUCAUGCAACAACGGAUUUCUUUACCAUUGGUAACACCCAAGUUACCUGGACCUUUGCUGAUGCCAGUGGAAAUCAAGAUUCUUGCAGCUUCAAUGUCAAUAUUGUACAAGUUGAUAGAACGCCACCUGUUGCCACGUGCCCUGCGGAUAUCCAGCGGGAGGUUGGAUUAGGUCAAACGAGUGUUCAAGUCUUCUUUACUGCACCUACUGCAAUAGACAACAGUGGACAAGUCCCGACAAUUACUUCUCAAACUCAUGCAACAACGGAUUUCUUUACCAUUGGUAACACCCAAGUUACCUGGACCUUUGCUGAUGCCAGUGGAAAUCAAGAUUCUUGCAGCUUCAAUGUCAAUAUUGUACAAGUUGAUAGAACGCCACCUGUUGCCACGUGCCCUGCGGAUAUCCAGCGGGAGGUUGGAUUAGGUCAAACGAGUGUUCAAGUCUUCUUUACUGCACCUACUGCAAUAGACAACAGUGGACAAGUCCCGACAAUUACUUCUCAAACUCAUGCAACAACGGAUUUCUUUACCAUUGGUAACACCCAAGUUACCUGGACCUUUGCUGAUGCCAGUGGAAAUCAAGAUUCUUGCAGCUUCAAUGUCAAUAUUGUACAAGUUGAUAGAACGCCACCUGUUGCCACGUGCCCUGCGGAUAUACAGCGGGAGGUUGGAUUAGGUCAAACGAGUGUUCAAGUCUUCUUUACUGCACCUACUGCAAUAGACAACAGUGGACAAGUCCCGACAAUUACUUCUCAAACUCAUGCAACAACGGAUUUCUUUACCAUUGGUAACACCCAAGUUACCUGGACCUUUGCUGAUGCCAGUGGAAAUCAAGAUUCUUGCAGCUUCAAUGUCAAUAUUGUACAAGUUGAUAGAACGCCACCUGUUGCCACAUGCCCUGCGGAUAUCCAGCGGGAGGUUGGAUUAAGUCAAACGAGGAUUCAAGUCUUCUUUACUGCACCUACUGCAAUAGACAACAGUGGACUAGUUCCGACAAUUACUUCUCAAACUCAUUCAACAACGGAUUUCUUUGACCUUGGUAACACCCAAGUUACCUGGACCUUUGCUGAUGCCAAUGGAAAUCAAGAUUCUUGCAGCUUCAAUGUCAAUAUUGUACAAGUUGAUAGAACGCCACCUGUUGCCACAUGCCCUGCUGAUAUACGGCGUGAGGUUGGAUUAAGUCAAACUAGUAGUCAAGUCUUCUUUACUGCACCUACUGCAACAGACAACAGUGGACUAGUCCCGACAAUUGUUUCUCAAAGUCAUGCAACAACAGAUUUCUUUACCCCUGGUACCACCCAAGUUACCUGGACCUUUGCUGAUGCCAAUGGAAAUCAAGAUUCUUGCAGCUUUAAUGUCAUUAUUGUACAAGUUGAUAGGAUUCCUCCCGUUUUAGUGUGCCCUGAAGGAUUCUCGGAGCUCACUUCUCUGGGAUUGAGUGGCUUGACAGUGACUUGGAUCUCCGCCACAGCAACAGACAACUCUGGUGAAGUCAUAGCUGUUACAUCAGAUCGCUCUUCACCAUCUUUUUUGCCCAUCGGAGAAACCCUUAUUACUUACUCUGCAAGUGAUGCCUCAGGAAAUGUUGCAAUGUGCUCAUUUACUAUUACUGUAAUAGCAGUGGACAACGAGUUGCCAGUCAUCAGCAACUGCCCCCCAUCACCGCUCAACACAGCCAUUGACUUGGGUCAAACAUCUGCUCAGGUUACUUGGCCAACUGUGGUGGCGACUGACAAUUCGGGAGUAGUGAAUAUUCUCAGUAGAUCGCAUAUCAGCGGGGAUUCCUUUCCUGUAGGUGCGACUACUGUUACCAUUGAGUUCGUAGACCCUUCCAGCAACACAGCCCAGUGUUUGUUUGUAGUCAAUGUCAUUCAGUCUGAUCCAGUCCCACCACUGAUUACUGGAUGUCCAGGAGACAUCGAAAGGAGCAUCUCUCUAGAAGCUACAGACAUUGCUGUGUUCUGGACACCGCCAGCUACAUCAGAUAACUCUGGGCUGCUUCCAAGCAUAAUUAGUAACUUCUCCCCCGGGAAUCGUUUUGCUCCAGGAGUGUGGAAUGUCAUCUACACCUCUACAGAUGGAGCAGGAAAUACUCAGCAGUGCCAGUUUCAAAUAACUAUUACAAGAACGGAUAAUAUACCACCACAAGUGACUUGUCCUGCAAACAUUCGGCAGACUGUGAUAAUAGGCUCAAUUGGUACUUACGUAACCUGGGAUCCUCCUGUUGUAUCGGAUAACUCGGGCACGGUGGAGUUUGUAUCAUCCUCCUCCAGUUCUGGUGACCUCUUUCCCAUUGGAGUGACUCCAGUCACGUACACAUAUUCUGACUCCUCUGGCAACUCGAACAGUUGCACGUUCACAGUCACCAUUACCACAGGUACCCCCUGCAACCAAAAUCUCUGUCUUAAUGGAGGCUUAUGUGUACCAACAGAUCUGACUAACUACCAGUGUAUCUGCACAGAAUGCUUUACAGGGACCAACUGUGAGACAAACCUCAAUGCAUGUACUAACAAUCUUUGUGAGAACGGAGCAGUGUGUACGCCUGAUCCAGGCUCAUGUACAGAUUACAGCUGCCAAUGCUCUGGGUGCUUUACUGGAAGAUUCUGUAAUUUGCCAAUUGACUCUUGUGAGAACCAUCAAUGCCAGAAUGGUGGAUCUUGUACAGUUGAUCCUCUGAACUGUGAGCUCUACACCUGUACCUGUCCUCUUUGUUUCACUGGCCAAUUCUGUGAACAAGAGGUCAGUGCAUGCACUUUCAACCUGUGUGCCAAUGGGGCUAACUGCAUCCCUGUCGGGCAACUCUGCACAGAGUAUAAAUGCUCCUGUCCAGGAUGCUUUACUGGUGCAUACUGUAAUGAAGUGCGGGAUGCUUGCUUUGAAAAUCCAUGCUUGAAUGGGGGCGCUUGUUCUCCUUUGAAUGACGGCAACUGCUUCUCAUACACCUGUGAAUGUACCGGCUGUAGCACUGGCUAUAACUGUGAAAUUGCAAUUCCGUCUCCCUGCACUGCCAAUCCCUGUCAAAAUGGAGGAAACUGUUUGCCUAUUCAAGGACAGUGUGCAGCUUACCAGUGUCAAUGCCCAGCUAACUUUGGUGGUCUCCACUGUGAAACAGUGGUGACAACCAAUCCUAAUCCCUGCAAUAGCUUCCCUUGCCUAAAUGGUGCAGAGUGCCUUACUAUGGACAGCCAGUUCUACACCUGUCUCUGCCGUACUGGCUUUGCUGGUAUCAACUGCAAUCAACCCUCAGUUGGCCAAAACAUUGACCUCUGUCUCGACAAUCCCUGUCAAAAUGGAGCUACUUGUGUGGCCAGCUACCACAGCAGUCUUCCUAACUUCUACACGCCUCAGUAUUACUGUAUCUGUGCCAUUGGCUUCACUGGAACUAAUUGCCUGCGGCAGACAGUUUCGUCUCCCAGUGAAGACAUCUGCAAUGUUGUACGACCUGACAGACCAGACUGCCAGGGUGGUGCACCUUGCUUCAACUCUUAUCAAAGCAUUACCAAUGAUGUAGACUACUACUGUGACUGUCCUAUUGGCCUCACUGGGCACAACUGCGAAACUGUCGCUCCAGACCCAUGCGCCAGUGCUCCAUGUCAGAAUGGCGGAAACUGUAUGUCCUUCAAUACCUACUACACAUGCUCAUGCCCCUUGGGAUUCUUUGGAGACCAGUGUCAAGUUUCUAAUGAUGCAACCCAACCAUCCAUUGUGGGCUGUCCAGAGGAUAUUGAGCUUCAGCUUGUAUUUGGUCAGACCAGGGCUUUUGGCACAUGGCAGGAACCUACAUCACCAGAUGGUGUAAGGGUAUUCCGAUCUGAUGCUCCAUCAUCACUCUUCCCACUUGGUACAUCCUCUGUUUCCUAUGUCUUUGAGGAUGUCUCAGAGAAUAGAGCCACCUGUACCUUCUUUGUUAGAGUCUCAGGUGAUGUAGUAGAUGAUCAACCCCCAUCAGUCUUUGGUUGCCCUGGAGACAUCACUCUCACCCUACCAAUUGGCUCUCAAACCACGAUGGCCAUUUGGCAAGUUCCUGGUGCCACUGACAACAAUGGACCUGCCACACUCACAAGCAACUACAGCCCUGGGGAUUCAUUCCCUGCAGGCAUCACUGAAGUGGUGUACGUUGCCACAGACUCUGCAGGACUGACUGCCAGGUGCUCAUUCAAUGUCAUCGCUCAAUUGCCUGUUGAUGACACCCCACCUACAAUUCAGAAUUGUCCCGAGGAGAGAUUUGCCUCUCUGCCUGCUGGAAGCACUUCUGUACCUGUGGUAUGGCCUGUACCUAUUGCAUCGGACAACUCUGGUCAGGUUACUCUAUCGUCUAAUUACAACCCCGGUGAUGUAUUCCCAGCCGGGCAAACUUUAGUCUUUUACGCCGCCAAGGACCCCUACGGACUUCUGACUUCAUGCACAUUUACUGUCUUUGUGUCCACUACAGGUGACCUCAGUCCACCCGUAAUCAAUGGCUGUCCAGAGACUCAAGUUGUUUCUGCGCUCCAAGGAUCCACGAGUGCGCAAGUGACGUGGACACCACCUACAGCAACAGACAACAGCGGAUUUGUGACCAUCACUGGGGAUUCUACUCCUGGCUCAUCUUUCCCUGUGGGGACAUCAACCGUCAGAUACGAGGCAAGAGACCAAUCCGGUCUUGUCACUUCUUGUACUUUUCAAGUUCUUGUGACUCAGAAUGGAGGAGACACUGUGCCUCCAGUUAUCAGCAGCUGCCCUUCAGAUCAGUUUGCAACACUUCCUGUGGGAGCCUCAACUGUAACAGUGUCUUGGAUAGAGCCAACGGCUACAGAUAAUAUAGUGCUUGCGAUGUUUAUCUCCAACUUCAACCCUGGGGCCUCCUUCUCUUUGGGUUCUCGCACUGUAACAUACACAGCAACAGAUUCCAGUGGAUUACAGGCUUUCUGCUCAUUCAGUGUUAUUGUCAGUGGUGCUACAUCUACAGGUGAUACCACUCCUCCAGUUUUGUCCGGUUGCCCAGCAACAAUAACCCUGCAGGUGCCCAAUGGUACCCCGUCAGCUGUUGCAACUUGGACACCACCAACAGCCACAGAUAGUCAGGGCACAGCCAGUGUCGUCUCCAAUGGAAACAACCCUGGAAGUUCUUAUCCAGUAGGCUCUACCACCGUGAUAUAUACAGCCACAGAUGAAGCUGGCCUGCAGUCUAAAUGUGCCUUUAACAUCCUUGUUACUUCCGGAGGAGGGGGAACUGUAGUGGAUGGCAUUCCACCUGUAUUAAUGAAUUGCCCCAAUGCAGUCUUUGGUGAAUUAUUUAGUAGUAGUGGAUUGGCCUCUGUAUCAUGGGAAUUACCCUCUGCUACUGAUGACGGAGUUGCGAUAGAUUUCACCAGUGGAUUGACGUUCACAAGUGCUUUUUUCCCAGAGGGUAGAACUGGACCUUUUAGUUGGAGGUUUAGUGACGCUGCAGGAAAUGAAGUCACUUGUGAGCUGUACAUUUUUGCUGCAGUGGCUCGCACGGACACCACUCCUCCAAGUGUGACCUCCUGCCCAGGCGAUGUAACUGCCGCUUCUUCCGAUGGCUUGCCAGUUCCUGUCACAUGGACAGAGCCCACGGCUUCUGAUGGACAAACUGCGGUAUUGACCAUUUCAUCUACUCGUAAUACGGGAGAUUCAUUUGGCGUUGGAACAACUCCAGUGAGAUACACCUUCAUUGAUGACCAGGCAAACACUGCCAACUGUGAUUUCAAUGUCAUUGUGACCGGUGGUGGUGGUUCUGUUGAUAACAACCCCCCAGUGGUUACCGGAUGCCCAUCAACGAUUGUUCUGUCAGCUCCAGCAGGAGCAACAUCAGCUACAGCCACAUGGACACCACCAACUGCAUCCGAUGCCGAAACGUCCGCGACAAUCAUCAGUGAUGCAAACCCUGGUAUUUCUGUGCCAGUGGGAGGAAACCGCUUGGUCACUUACACAGCCAGUGACGUCAAUGGCCUCCAAGCAAUCUGCUCUUUCAAUAUCAUUGUGUCAGGAACUGCUGGAAACCAGGCACCGCAGCUUUUCAAUUGCCCAGCAUCUGCUUCUGGGGUUUUAAUUCCACCAGCAAACUCAGUUGCUGUUCUCUGGACACCACCCACUGCAACCGAUGAUUCUGGCACACCAGCUUUAACAAGUACUUUCCAACCUGGCAGUCAGUUUUUUGUUGGUGUAACUCCUGUUACGUACACAGCAAGGGAUGCAGCUGGGCUGGCAACUAGCUGUUCCUUCCAGGUCACAGUUACACAAGGAACUGCUGGAAACCAGGCACCGCAGCUUUUCAAUUGCCCAGCAUCUGCUUCUGGGGUUUUAAUUCCACCAGCAAACUCAGUUGCUGUUCUCUGGACACCACCCACUGCAACCGAUGAUUCUGGCACACCAGCUUUAACAAGUACUUUCCAACCUGGCAGUCAGUUUUUUGUUGGUGUAACUCCUGUUACGUACACAGCAAGGGAUGCAGCUGGGCUGGCAACUAGCUGUUCCUUCCAGGUCACAGUUACACAAGGUACUACUGGCAACCAGCCGCCUCAACUCUUCAACUGCCCGCAGGUUAUAACUCGAGACUUGCCAUCUACCUCAAAUCAAGUGUCUGUUUUCUGGACAGCACCAACUGCAACUGAUGAUUUUGACACACCAACUGUGACUCCUUCGAUUCAACCUGGCAGUUCAUUUCAGGCUGGUUCAACCCCAGUUACAUACACAGCAACAGACUCAGCUGGCCUCUCAACUACCUGUUCCUUUUCUGUCAUAGUUAUAGAUGUAACAGACCCAAUGUUGGUGGGAUGUCCAUCUGGGGCUACAGGAAUGCUUCUCCCUGGACAAAGCCAAACUACAGUAACUUGGAAUCCGCCCACUUCGUCGGACAACUCUGGACAAUCCACACAGACCUCUACUUAUAGCCCCCCUGCUUCCUUUCCGUUUGGAAACACUCAAGUCACGUAUACUGUGACUGAUGAUGCAGGGAAUUCUGCUAUGUGUACUUUCACUGUCACAGUUACCUCUCAAAGCACAGACACAACUCCACCAGAAAUCGUUUGUCCUGGCAACCAGGAGGUAUUAGCACCAAACGGCCAAAGUGUUUUGGUGAAUUGGAACCAACCAACACCUAAUGAGCAGGCUACAUUAGUAGCAAGCAGGACUUCCAACACACCCUUUAAUGUUGGAAGAUAUGCUGUAGUGUACACGGCGACCGAUCCAUCUGGCAAUGUUGGACAGUGCUCCUUCUAUGUCACUGUGACAGCUAAUGAUGGAAGAGCACCUCCUGUCAUUAAUAAUUGUCCGCAAGAUGCCCAGACGAUUGUUUACGAAACAUAUAAUAGCGUUAACUGCAGCGCUCGAUACACAGAGCCUUCUUCAAUUCAGGCUGGAGUUGCAGUCACAGUCUCUCCUGCUAACAGCUCACCACUGAAUAACUAUGCAAUCGGCGAUUAUCUGAUUGUGUACUCAUUCACCAACCAGCAGGGAUAUCAGACAGACUGUGCUAUAGACCUUUCUGUUAUACAGGGUGUUAACAUUUGCCGAUGUAACCCCUGUCCCGAUCCGGCUUGCUACUUCAAUCCAAAUGAUGAUCAGGAGUUCUACUGUCCCAAUGCACAGACACAAGGAAGAAGGAAAAAGAGGAAAGCACACUGGGAGGAAACUGUUGAACACCAGCUUGAGUUCACCUGCGCAUGUGAACAUGGAGGACGCUGUUUGGAGACACCUGAGGGAGAUGUGACCUGCCAAUGCCGACCGGGAUACUCAGGAAUCCUCUGUCAACAUGAUGAUAUCCUGAAAGUUGAUGUUCCACCUGCGUUGCUUGGUGAAGAUGCCUGCUCCUCAUCCCCUUGUCUUCAUAAUGGUACCUGUAUAGUCCAGAUCCAGGAACUUUACACCUGUUUCUGCCUAUCAGACUGGACUGGGCAAAAUUGCGAGUCAUACUUUGAGGUACACCACAACUUUGGUGGACAUCAGGACUUGGAAAGAGUUGAAGACAGGUCUGGCUUUAUGAACUGGCCUACCUUAGCAGCAAUGGGCCUGCUUGUCCUAGUAAUCUUAAUCCUCUCCAUCACUAUCUGUAGGAUUAUGCCCCGCAUAUCUGGUAGGACCAAGACCCGCCCAGAUGAAGUAGCAUUUGUCAACUAAAUGCACACAACCAUACUUGUACAUGUUUAGUUUAAACACUCCCAAAAGGAGUUUAAAUGAGGUUAACAUUGCAAGAUUUGUACUUAUGGCAGCAUAAUAUUUGGCAUUGUGCUGAAGACCAGGGUACUGUAAUUUGUUUUUCUGAAUGAAAGAAAGUAUUUACCGGUGAUAUGAUAUAUACUAGCAAUGAUAUGAUGUGUAGAAUCACCAUUAAAAUAACCAAUGUCAAAGAACUGCAUAUCAUUUAAAUAUAUUAAUCUAAUAACUAACCAUUAAGUUGGUACCCCCACUUAUUGGAGCGACAUAUGUUUGUAUGUAUAAUUAAACAAUUCAAUGUUAUUUUAGCAAUCAUGCAUCUAUCUUACUCUUCCAUAUCGUAAUUCUGUACAGGCUACAAGAAUGUCAGAUUGGAGCUCUAUUUGUUUCAAAUUGUUCUGUACAUUCUUGGCUUGAAAUAGAAAUAGUGGUGUACUGAAUGAUGCAGAAUAAAUAUUUGGUAUUAUAUCUAUUAUAUUACAUUACUCAGAACAUAUUUUACAUCUUCAAAUGUUCUCAUUAAAUUUAUCAUGUUGUUUUGCUCAUACAUGUACGUGUAUAUUGUACUAAUUGCCUUUAUUUUUAAUCCAAGCUGUUAGAUUUUUUGAUGGGAAGAAAUGAUUACUCAAUAUCAAUCAUGCCAUUUCUUUUUGUAUCAUAUUUGUAUCGUGGUAGAGGGAUUUUCUUAUUUUAAUUCAUGUUUAGCUAUCACAAGAAUAUUCUGUACGGGACUCUCUUUCUGAUAAUGAUAACUAACAAUCACAUGCUGAUUGCAAAUCCUGAAUAGAGUUUGUCAAUAUGAACCUUAAUGUUUUGUGUUUUGUAGUCGCACUUGCUUUAGACUUUGAUGUAAGCAAUAGCUGGUCUCUGUGCUUUUUAUCAAAAUUAAAUCAUGUGUUUAACUGACAAUUUCAGAUGUUUACUUUUCUGAUUUGUCGAUUUAUAAAUGUGAUUUAAUGCAGCACAUGAGGAACCAGAGUUUUGUAGAAAUUCAACAGACAACUUAUAUUCUGUAUUCAUGGUCUUUCAUAUUUGCAUGGCAACGUGUUGCUCUUUUGUCUUUCUUUUAAUGCAGUUGGUAAAUGUAUUCUUUCAGAUUAAUAGAAAUAUUCUCUAUUUUAGAUGGUGUUUUAUGUUAUAUAUAUGUAUGUCCAGAAGAGAAUGAAGAAUUGCUAUACUCUUUGUUUCACAUUAUCAAUUGUGAGAAUCAGUGUCUUUCCAUUGCACAUUAUAUUCAGGUUACCAAUUAUAGGUACGUAUAGCUUUUUUUUGUUUAUUUAGAACAUUAUUAUUCUUGAUUUGUCUUAAUGUUACAAAUUGUUGAGUAAAUUUGUUUACAUAUUGAACCAGGUGUAUAAAGAGACACGUGUAACAUGAAAAUAGAAUACUAUUCACUAGUUAUGGUAUCUUUAUGAUAAGCAUUCAUUCCCAAUUUUAUGCAAGUAUUUUCUGAAAUUACAAGGACACUCACAAUUAACAAUUUUUUUGUCUUCCAUUUUCAUUUCAUGCACUUUUUGAUAAAUACUGUAAUGGUGGAGAAUACAUUUUAAACCUGUCUUUUAUUGGUUUCUAAUAAAGCAGUGCUGCUUUGGAAGCGAUA